AAUUAGUAGAACUUACUACCUUUGUUAUUGAUGCUCCAAUAUUAAAUUGUGAACUAUCUUUCGUACUUUUAUACGAUGGUUCGUCUGACUGAGAGAAUAGAUACUUUCAGCUAAGAAGAGUGGUACCUGCUGAAUAUGAAGGGGAGUGGGUGUAAUACAAGUGAGACCAGUGAGAAAUGGGUUAGGAAUAAUGGAUGUCAGCAAGUCUCAAGUAUGGAGUCCAAUGAAACCAAUAACUUAAGAUUUGAAGACAUUAAGUACUUUGUUCUUCAAGGAAGAGCUGGCAAAAAGUUUAUCCUGAAAGGUAUCACUGGAGAGUUUAAAUCUGGUGAACUAAGUGCAAUUAUGGGACCCAGUGGGGCUGGAAAAAGUUCAUUGAUGAAUAUUUUAGCUGGUUGUUGUACAAGAAACGUUAUUGGUGAAGUGUAUGUUAGUUCGUCGCCAAGGAAUCUACAACAGUUCCGAAAGAUGUCAUGUUAUAUAAUGCAAGAUGAUUUAUUGCUUCCUCAUCUUUCAAUAGAUGAGGCAAUGAUGUGCAGUGCUAAUCUAAAGUUAAGUGAAAAAACCAGUUAUGCCGCUAAAAGGAAAAUUGUUGAUAACAUCAUAAAUCUGCUUGGACUGAGAGAAGCUGUGCACACGAGAACUUCUCAACUUUCUGGUGGUCAAAAGAAGCGCCUAGCAAUUGCUCAAGAGUUAGUUAACAAUCCUCCAAUAAUGUUUUUCGAUGAACCAACAAGUGGAUUAGAUAGUGCUUCAUGCUAUCAUUGUAUUUCUUUACUACGACGACUGGCACGUGGUGGUAGAACAAUAAUCUGUACAAUACAUCAACCAAGUGCAAAAAUAUUUGAAUUAUUUGAUCAUUUAUACUUCCUAACUGAUGGACAUUGUAUUUAUCGUGGACCAGUUUCAUGCUUAGUUCCAUACUUGGCUACACAAGAUUUAAUUUGUCCAUCUUAUCAUAAUCCUGCUGAUUAUUUUAUGGAAGUGGCUUGUGGUGAACAUGGUGAGCAUAACAUGCGAUUAGCAAUGACUGCACGUCGUGGAGCACUUGAUGAAACAGUAAAUUAUUUAAAAGAGAAAAGAGCCUUCCUAAGUACUUCAGCAAGUAAUACAACUGAACGUCCAAUAGAUAAUGUCCAGUUGAUUGUCACCUCCUCUUCACCCUCAUCAUCUUCCUCACUGUCAGCUUAUCAUUCACCAGUUAGAAAGAAUGAUGAUAAUUCAAGGAAAAACUCUAAACAACUUGCGAAAGAUGAGACAUCAUUACACAUGGAAAUGUCUGUUUUCCUACCUCAUGCUAAUGGCCCUGUACAUACUGUAAAUCAAAGUUUUGUCAGUUCAGAUUGUAUAAAAUACGAUGACCCUAGUCGUGAAUUUGCUGCAAAUCAAUUAACACAAUUUCGAGUACUUUUUGUCAGAAAUGUUUUCUCAAUUAUGCGUGAUUCGACGUUAACCCAUCUACGUUUUGUGUCACAUAUAGUUGUGGGCAUUUUAAUCGGUCUUUUAUAUUUUCGUAUUGGAAAUUUGGGUUAUGAAGUUAUUAGUAAUGCAGCAUUUGUUUUCUUCACACUAUUAUUUCUUAUGUUUGCUGCUUUAAUGCCAACGGUGAUGACAUUUCCUCUUGAAAUAUCUAUAUUCUUCCGUGAACAUUUAAACUCAUGGUAUAGUUUAAAAGCUUAUUAUUUAGCGAAAUCAUUAGCUGAUGUACCAUUCCAAAUAUUUUUUCCUAUUGUUUAUGCAAGUAUUACUUAUUGGAUGACUGAACAGCCAAAUGAUGCUAUAAGAUUUUUUCAAUUUCUAAUCAUAUCUGUUCAAACAUCAUUAGUUGGUCAGUCAUUAGGUCUUGUAAUUGGUACAGCUACUUCAUUACAGGUAGCUGUAUUCCUCGGGCCUGUGACUGGUAUUCCAAUUCUUUUAUUCUCUGGAUUUUUUCUUAGUUUAUAUUCUAUACCAAAGUAUUUACAAUGGCUAUCGUAUAUAUCAUUUACUAGAUAUUCUUUUUCUGGAGCACUCAAGAUUAUCUACGGCAAUAAUCGUACAGAUCUUGAUUGUCUUCGUAAACGUGUUAAUAAAAUCAGUUAUCCUUGUCUUGGUAAACCGACAAUGGUAUUUCAAGCAUUAAAUAUUCCAGAGUAUAAUGUUUCUGUAGAUUUUGGUGUAUUGUGUAUAUUCUUCCUAUUUUUAAGAAUACUCGGCUAUUACAUAUUGAGAUGGCGUGUUCGUGGUCAACGUUAAUAUCAAAAUGAUGAAGGGGGGCAUUUCCUCAUUUGUUUUUCAAUUUGUACCAUUAUAAUUCGCUCUCAUUUGCUGACAACUGAAGUGUGAGAAAACGCUCACUUCAGUUGUGCGUUUUUUCUUCCAGACUAGAAGAAACAACUUGUUUUACGUGUCAUUUGUCUUCAAUUAUUCCGAAUUUCGUCUUCUAUUCUAAGGUUGAGCUAAUCUUGAUCUCUCUCACUAAUCACCGUUCAAAUUUAUAAUUUCUGACAAUCAUUUCUCGGCAGAUUAGAUGUUAUCGAUACUUGGAUAUUUAUGCGUUUCUUUACCAUGAAAAUAAGUGACUUCAGAAGAUAUUUUCCAAUUGGGUUCUACUUAUUUUUCAUUUCGAUUUCUACCUUGUAAUAAACUUUUGUCCUUUCUCCUUCUAACCAUCAUGCUAGAAAAAUAAAAGCAACAAAAUCUUAUCAGAAUAGAAUAUAUAAAUAUAUGUGUAUACAUUUCUCUAUUUUAUAUAUUUCCACUUCAAUGGUUUCCUUGUCUAUUCCAUUUUUUCGUUUCAUGCUGCAUAUAUGUGUCGCAUAUAUAUAUAUAUAUAUAUAUACAUAUUACUUGUGAAAACCUUCCAUUUCUAGCGAAAGAGCUGAGCCUCUCAGCUUUCUUCUUUCUCUUUUCUACACUUCGUCUUCUAUGUCUGGAUACGGAGGUUGGAGUUAAUCUCACUCGUCUACACAAAUGUAUAUAUACUCGUUGUGUAAUUAAUUGAAUCUUAUGAUAUCUGUGACAGUAGAAGCGAAAUAAAAAAACAAAUCAAAGACACCUUCAGAUGUCUAUUCUCCAUAUUUAUUUUUCUCUCUCUAGAAGGUGGCAUUGUUUCUCGUCUUUAUUUCGCCUUCUUUCGUGUCAGGCGUUUAUCGACAAUCUCGUGUUAUUUUUCUUUCCUUACCCAUCAUCGAUAUGCAUAAAUGAUUUUUAAGUGAAAUACUAACAACUAACACAUAUGGUGCAAAGAAAAUGGUUUUCUUCUGCAAUUCGUCUUUUUUUGUUGUCUAAUAUUCUUUUCUUUCACAUAUUAUUAUUUAUGCGUUAGCUAGCGUAAAAUAUUAGAUUUGUUACUGUCGUUUUUGUCUGCUAAGAGAAAGUGUACAUUACUUAUUCCUUGUGUUUCCAGUGGAAUAUGAGGCUAUAAAUUUCAUGCUUUGAAGUUUUCGUUGUGACGGUGUUGUUUCUACGCGGCGAUCUCAUGUCUGAUCUUCUGCGUUUUUUGGGUUUACUACAGGGCUUCGAGCUAGGGGCUUGAAGUUUCUGUAGCAGUGCUUAUUUUUACAGGAUGGGGUUGCUUGCCUCAUUCCCAACCUUUCCUCUUCACCAGCA